GGACCCUGGAGUGAGAAUUCACUUCCGCCUCAACGCCUUCACCUCGACUCACGCCGAGUCUCACGGGUGUCUCACGGCGAGUCUCACGCCGAGUCUCACGCAACUGCCACCGCCACCACCGGCUUGCGAUGUCCAACGCCGGCUCCUCCGCCGUUGCCGCCGCCGCCGUUUCUGCCGCCGGGCAACCUCCGGCAAAGAAGACGAAGUUCACGGGUGCCCACCGCUACCGCACCAAGUUCAACGCCGAUUGGACGAGCCGCUACCCGUUCAUCAGUGCCGUGAGGGGCGAGCCGUGCCUCUACCGCUGCGGCGUCUGCGCCAAGGUGCUUUCCUGCGCCCACCAGGGCGAGACGGACGUCAGGAGGCAUGUGGGCAGUGACAGCCACGCCAAGAUGGUGAUCUCGCGGGGCGGGCAAGGCGGCGGCAGUGGUCAUGGCCUUCCGGAGACCACGUUCGUGACGCCCGUCUCGUCAGACCUCAAGGAAGAGCCCCAAGAAGAGGAGAUGCUGUCUUGUUGCGAGGAGGAGGAGGUGCCGCUGCCGCUGGAGGCGACCGGCAACGGCAGCGGCUUCCCGGCAUGGCUGGAGACGCAGGGCGUGAGCGCCGAGGUAGCCCGCGCCCUCGACUCGGAGCUGGGCAUCCGCGACUACGGUCUCCUGCGCGCCUGCGUGGACGACGGGAGCGUGCGAGCGGAGCUGCUGGCCGCCGCUCGCCACCGCCUGCCCUUCGGGUUCUACGCGGCGCUGAGGCGCGCCGUGAAGGCCCUGCGACAGCCCGACGAUGAAGACGGAGCAGGAGGAGAAGUGGAAGGAGGAGCGGAAGGAGGAGGAGCGGAACGAGGGGGAGCAGGAAUCGCGGGAGGAGGAGCGGGAGGAGAAAGAGUGGAAGGAGGAGUGGAAGGAGGAGCGGGAGGAGACGCCGCAGGGGCGACGCUGCUGGGAGGCCUCGUGGAGGCGCUCCUCGCGCUCUUUGGCGGCCUCAGCCGCGAGCUGCUACUCUCUGCGGAGCGCCUGGGGGCGCUGUACGGCCAUCGGUGCGCCCCGGAUGGCGGCGCUGUGAGCCCCGGGGGCGGCUGCGACGUGGAGUGGCACACGGAGCACGAGGAGGUGGGGGAGGCUCCGACGCAUGAAAUCUUGGAGGCCGAUCCCAGGUGGGAGACGAUGGCGGUGAAGAUGGAGGCGAGCGGAGACCUGCAUCCCUGGAUGCUUUCUGCUUCUGCGCAGCGGCUGCCCCCCAAACGGGAAGAGAAGCCGGGAGACGUGGCCGAGGAUUUUCGGGCGGAAGAAGGGGGCCUUCCGCGCGACGGAGAAGAGGCGGAUGGUCGAGAGCUGCGCACCCCCUGGGUGGACGUCGUCCACGCGGAAGGAGACAACCUCCUGGGUGACAGAGAAGACCUCCAGGCCUAUGGAAGGGACCUCCAGUCUGCUGGACUCAGCGCUAGGCCGGGGGCGGUGACUGUGGCCACGCGGAGAGACGUGGCGGUGGCUGCGACGGCCCCAGGCGUCGAGGCCAAGGUGGAGCUGCAGGAUCCGAGCAGCGACGGGUCUGCGAUCGCCGCCUUCCCGUGCCCCGCGUGUGGGCAGCAGCCGGCACCGGCCGGUGACCCGGGGAGGCCUCGGUUCGACUCUCGGAGCCACGCGCUGAUCCGGCGUCGUCCCUCAGCCGCGACGCGACGGCACCAUCGCCGCUGCGCCCGGUGCGGUGUCGCGGCCGCGGCCGUCGGCGGCUCCGCGGGGGAGUGGCACUGCCUGCUGUGCGGUGGGGUCUCCGUGCCGGGGCUCGGGCAGCACCACCAGUGGGGGCAGGGCGCGGGAGAGCGGCCGCACCCUCUCGAGCCCCGUCGUCACCGUGACGAGGACGAUGACAACGACGACGCCAGAGACGCCGGAGGAGCGGAGGAGCGAGCCUGCCAGUGCAACCGCUCAUGCCGCCGGUGUGGGAGGACGUUUGAGCUGCCCGGGCUCCUCCGGCGCAACCAGGAGUGCACGCACUGCGGCGAUCUCAGCUAGCGUGGGGGCAGGGGGUGGGGAGGGAGGAGCCGGGGGAGCUGGGAGGAGCUGGGGGAGCAGGGAGGAGUGGGGGGGAGCGAGUGGGGGAAGUAGAGAUGAGCGGGGGGGGGGCAGCACGGGGGAGGGAAGAGUGCAGGCGGAGGGGGGAUGGACAAAGUGGGAGUGAUUUUGUUUUAUUUCAUUGGCCCUAGAGAGAUAGCGAGUUGGCGGCCGCCAAAUCGACGUUUGGAUGGGCGAUCCGCUCCCUUCACUUUCGGCAGUCGUACCCGCAGUGGGCCGUUGCUGCGUUGUUCAGCCCUACUGGUCACGAAACGCUCGCUCCGGCCGCCAACGCCAGCCGGCUGAAUACGGACAAAAAAAGAGAUAAGCUUAAAACUUCCCCGUAGAAGUGGUUCAAUCUUAAUUAUGGAGCUUUCGUGACUGCAGGAAUUAUUCUCUCUCUGGCUAUUUGUUCUCUCUGCAUGUGUCCUCUCUUUGGAGGUUUCACACUUAAAUUCUAACUUAGCAAUCUUUGAGAUACGUAAUCAACCAGGCUAUGCGUUAAUUGUGUGUUGACCGACUCUCUGUGUUGUAUUACAUCACAUUUCGAUAUUUUGCGAGGUUAUUUAAUUUUAGUGUGCCUUUCUCCUAAUUUACAAGCUUGCGUGCCGUGCCACGUCGUCAUCUUACUCGCGCAGCAGCAGUACUUUGCCGUCCACUCAUUGAUAUGCUAAUUUUCUCUGCCCCCUCCCUCUCUCCGUCCCUGCCCCCCUCUCUAAAUUUAAGGGACCGUCACAGAAACGACCCCUCUCUUUGUGCCGAUAUGUGUCCUCUCUCUGUGUGUCCUUGUGAUGUCUGUCUGCUUGUAUGUCUGUCUAUAGUUUUCUAGUUAGAUUUUUUGUUGCUAUUUCUUUUUUUUGCCUGAUGAUGAUUGCUUGUGUUGCAAUCGAAACGUCGUAAUAUGCUUUUGUUUUAAUUUAUUAUUUUAUCUUUAGACGUGACUUAACCGAAAGAAUCAAAGAAUAAUUCCUGCAGUCACGAAAGCUCCAUAAUUAAGAUUCAGCUCUACAUAGUUUUCGACCUUGUGAUUGCCCAGGAAGCCACGAACCACUGCGACAAAGUUGUUCCAAGCCGCUUUCUCCUUACUAGUGAGCUUAUUGGGGAAUUCAUUGCAUUCCAGGAUCUUCUUUAUCUGUGGUCCGACGAAGACACCGGCUUUGACCUUUGCCUCAGACAGCUUAGCGAAGAAGUCUUGAAGGUAUUCUUUGGUUCUUUCGGUAAAGUCACGUAUAAAGAAAAAAUAAUAAAUUAAAUAAUAACAUACGACGUUUCGAUUGCAACACAAGCAAUCAUCAUCAGGUAUAAUGAAAUAGCGACAUAAAAUCUAACCAGAAAAAAUUAUAGACAGACAUACAAGCAGACAGAUAUCACCAAGAUACACACAGCGGGCAACACAGGUACAGAGAGGGGUGAUCGUCUCUGUGGGGUGGCCUUAAAUAGACAGAGGGGGGCGGAGGCAGCGAGAGGGAGGGGUUAGAGACAAAAUUUACAUGUCAAUGAGUACAACAAAAAGGAGUGAGCAGGCUUAGGGGGAGAAAGAGACACACUAAAAUUAAAUAACCUAGCAAAGUAUCGAAAUGUUAUGUCUGUCUAUAAUUUUUUCUGGUUAGAUUUUAUGUCGCUAUUUCAUUAUACCUGAUGAUGAUUGCUUGUGUUGCAAUCGAAACGUCGUAUGUUAUUAUUUAAUUUAUUAUGUUUUCUUUAUACGUGACUUUACCGAAAGAACCAAAGAAUAAUUCCUGCAGUCACGAAAGCUCCAAUGUUAAGUCUUGAAGGUACUUGAAGGCUGCUAACUCCUUAUCUACAGCUCUGACAAAUUGUUUCAUAAGGCCCAAUUUGAUGUGCAGUGGUGGCAUCGGCACCUUCUGGGAGUCCACCAGUGGCUCCGACUUGACGUUGUUCCUCCCCACAGAGAACUCGGUCCACUGUGACCAGUCCUGCCUGUGGUAGUGCGCCUUGGUGUCCCUGCUGUCCCAAAGGCAAAGAUAGCAAGGGAACUUGGUAAAACCGCCUUGGAGACCCAUCAGGAAUGCCACCAUUUUAACCUCCCAGCCGUACUCAUCAUACUUGAAGGCAUCCAGAAAGGUCUUGAUGCUGCUGUAAUCAUCUUUGAGUUGCACCGAGUGAGCCAGGGGAAGAGAUGGGUACUUGUUUCCAUUAUGGAGCAGCACGGCUUUGAGGCUCCUGGAUGAGCUGUCAAUGAAGAGGCGUCACUCAUUCUGGUUACAUGCGAUUCCGAUUGCCUCAAACAGACUGGUCACAUUGUGGCAGAAGCAGAGCCCAUCUUGGCGGGUGAAGAAGCUGCAAAAAGGUUGGUGACGUUUCCUCUGAUCUGCGACUUGCACACUUUUAUCCAACAAGUUCCACUGCUUGAGCCUAGACGUCAAAAGCUCGGCAUUGGACUUGGUGAGACCAAGAUCUCUGAUCAAGUCGUUGAGGUAUUUUUGGUUGAGGUAGUAUGGGUUUCUCUCUUCAGCUCCACCUCUGAAACUGUCAUCUGGAUCUACGUCUUCCUCGCUCUGACUUGCUGGCUCUCUUCUAAAGACGGAUGCUUUCUCUCCGGAGGAGUGGGUACAGGGAGCUCAUGGCAAUGUGGUUACCGGGGUGAUGGAUGAAGGAAGGUCCGGAUACGUGAUAGCCGGUGCAUUCUUGCCACUUCGACGUUUGGAAGGGUCCACCAUGCAAAAGUAGUAGUUGCUUGAGUGGUCAGUGGGUUCCCGCCAAAUUCUUGGGAUAGCGAACUUCAUGGCUCUCUUUUCCCCUCUGUACCAUCCUACAAAAAUACAUUUCACCCAUGACUAAUGUGUAAGAGAUUCUCGCAAAGUUUUUCAUAUAUGAUAUUUUUUCAAUAACAUUGUAAAACAUUUUAAAAUUAAAAACUUUUUACAAUUUAAUUUUUUUUAACAAAUUGUUUAACAUUAAAUUCCGAGAAACAAUUGUCCAUUUUACCUUCUAGAGUUUUUUUUUUUUAUUGCUCGCAGGUGAAAUGAGGUGCCCAAGUUUUAUCUUGAUCCCCGACAGGCAUGCCAAAAUAUGCCUUGUAGGCCUCACACAUCUUAGCAGAUGCUUCCACAGAGUACUUUUUCGCUCUUGUCUUGAUAAAUUGGCCGCAGACAUAGCAAAAUACGUCUGCCGGAUGCUUGCAGCCUCUUAAUGCCAUCUCAGAAAAAUGCAGAUAUGUAUCCACUUAGGCAGCUGAAACUAAACUGAACUGGUGGGUUUAAGGCCCUUGUAUUUAUAGUAUGUAUAUUACUGGAAAGUUCUAGAAUGUUCUAGAAGUUACUCCAAGUUUACUCAGCACUGAAUCUAUCUGGAAUGUUCUGGAAAAUAGGUCAAUUUCAAAAUAUCACUGUUCUGGUCACAAAAGCAAAGUUUGUGGGGAAUCUUGAUUUGAAGCUUUCGUGACUGCAGGAAUCCAUACUCUUUGGUUCUUUCGGUAAAGUCACGUAGGUAGAGAAAUAAUAGAUCACGACGUUUCGAUCGCAACACAAGCAAUCGUCAUCAGGUGGGACAACCACAGCAAGAAAAAACUGCUGAAGUAGGCGAGAAAUCUGCCGUUACGACAUCUGUCCAGUGGCUGGACGAAGUACCACGUGAAACAAGUGGAAUGACAGGGGCGGUAGUGGUCACCAUGGGGCAGCAGCAGUACCAACUGUUGGAAAGUUAUCACUAAAGGCCUACGAAACAAGUGCCUGGGGCCUACAAGAAGCUUAAUCGGGCCCUGAACCUCGCUGUUGGCCUCCACAGCACUGAAUUACAGCCGCCCAGCUAAAUUAUAACGGGUACUCCAAUGUUACAAUCAGACUCUUGUAUUUAUACUGGAGGAAUCCGAUGAGCUAUAAAGCUCUUUGUUCAGAUGUCCAGUAGGGGGCACGGGGUCAGAACAUAACAACAACACAAUACUCACAAGCACGAUAGGAGUGCAAAGUAUAGGAAAGGUAAACAAAUAACUUAAAAAAACACAAACUAAAGUAAUAAACUAUUUUUUUUUCUUAGCAGGUUAGGACCCACUGAGCUGUGUAGCUUCUCUUUUAGAAGCGACCUGGCCUUUACAAAUGAUAGUUCAACAAAAGUGACUGAUAUCAUCAUGUGGAAAUGUGUAGCAGCGCGAUAAUCAAAACUCGAAAGAGUUGACACUUUCAGAAACAGGCACCAAAACAAAUGCACGACCAAACCCACGAUAAAAUUUACGUCUUCACUUUAUUUGCAAUUACGUCCGUAUCCGAGGACUUAAAAAAAGUUUGUCCGUCAUUCCACAGGACAUCUCUGGAGCAGGAUGAAUAAAAAAAACUUCAGCAGUCCCCAGGUAAUGUUUAAGAGGUCACUUGAAAGGGCUCUUAAUGAGGUCUGUGAUGUCUCGUUUUCACGGGCCGUUGGCUCACGCACAGUGACGCACUUGCUGUGCGAGACUUCUGAAUGGAUGCUUCGUCACGUGAUGAGUAUGCCUAGAUAAAAAAACUAUAACUUUAUCUGGAAAAACUAAAUCAAGUCACUCGUUUAUGAUCAAAUGAGCAUUGUCUCUCCAUAAACCAUCAUCAUGCAAACUCCGGUCAUAAUCGUAGCAGCGGCUUUUCACUAACCAUCGAACAAAGAUGAUCAACCGCACUUUCAGAUGCGCUGCUUCUGCGGCCUUCUGGAAUGCUCUUCGUUCCGAUAUUGGGCCGCCACUGGGAGCUAUGCAACUUUUACUGGUUGGAACCUCCUGGUUUUUUCUAAGAAUAUGGAACCUCCUGGUUACACCAGCCCACAGGGGAUUAUUGUGUCCGUCCGUCGUGCAGGGAGGGGCUGGGUGGGGAGUGUUGUAUGUCUUUUAAAAAAAAAUUCAUAAUAAAAAUUAAAUGAAGAUUGAAAAAAUGCGCCAUUAUCGAAAAUUAUGCUAAAUUAUGUAAUUAUGCUAAUUAGGCGGCUAAUUUCAUUAAUUUCUGCGAAUGUAUGUGCUUAUGCUAAUGUGGGCAGUUGUGAUAAUUAGGCUUAGCUUCGUUGUCUAGGGUUGUAUUAUAUCAAUCGGGAUAAUGCAAUUAUUCAUGCUAUA